AGAGGGGAGCGAAAGGGGCGAAAGGGGCGAAAGGGGGCCGAAAUAUCCAUCGGGCCAUGACACUGUAUCUAAUCUCCCGACUUUUGCUUCUGCAGCUUGGGUCCUUGGCCCUAGGUGUUAACUCUCUAUCGCCCCUGGGGAACGGGAAGAUAAAUCUGAGGCAUCUGCAGGAUCGUGCUGCCGGGGGUUGCGACGCGCUCUCUACCGCCCUUCCCGAUCAUGUGUACUGGCCUAAUAGCUCUCAGUACCUCAACCAGUCCCAGGAUGUCUGGUCUCAGACUUGUGUCAUGACGCCGCAAUGCGUCUUCGAGCCAUCUACCGUAUCAGCACUGUCCCAAGGACUCAAAAUCAUCCGUGAAGCCGGCACAAAAUUCGCCUUCCGCGCCGGCGGACACAUGCCAGUACCCGGAGCGCAGUCUCUCAACGAUGGCGUGAUGAUCUCAGCUAGCAUGUUCAACACCAACAACCUCUCGGCAGAUGGUUCGAUCGCGAGCAUAGGUCCUGGUCAGACCUGGAUGGAAGUGUAUCAAUGGCUCGCGCCGUAUGGUCUCGCUGUCAACGGCGGUCGGUUUCCCUCUGUCGGCGUGGGCGGGCUGCUAGUCGGAGGAGGUAUGGGUUACUUCUCCGGCAGUCAGGGGUGGGCUGUUGACAAUAUCGUCGGCUGGCAGGUCGUUCUCUGGAACGGUACCGUCUUGGAAGUCACCAACUCCGCUCAGGAUCCGCAUGCUGACCUCGCGUGGGGUCUUAAGGGUGGUUCGAACCUGUUCGGCCUCGUCACACGCUUCGAUGUACGCACAUUUCCGGCGACGAGCGCUUUCGGCGGACUGACGAUAUGGUCUGGAGAGGCGGGAUCUGAUGUUCUCUCAUCUCUGACGAGCUAUAUGACUCCUGGUGGGGGCGUGGAUGAUCCCAACGUGCACAUCGACGUCUUUUCCGGGAUUAGCUUCAACAAUAGCGUGCCAACCCUUUCGUAUUAUAAUAUCGCGCUCUAUCCAGGGGGACAGGCGGGACCGACAGCCUUAGAGAACUUCACUGCUAUACCAGCUGAUAUGACUUUGUCCAACGGUGUCGCGGUUCACGAGAGUUGGACUGCGAUUCCGCAACAGCUGGAUUCGUUCUCGACUCGGGCGCUUCGAAACCUGUUCUACGCAAUCAGCUUCGAAGCGACCGCAGAAAGUAUAAGUCUGUACAACCAAACAAUAAUCGAGAAUGCUGUGUCGAUGUUGAGCAAUGUGGAGGGGUUGUCAACGUACGCGGUCUAUCAACCAGUGUCGAAGAAAUACCUCCAGGCGUCCAAAGACAAGGGCAGCAACGUCUUAGGUCUAGAUCCCGAUGUCGACGGGACAUUUAUUGCUGGCAUCAUUCUUAGCAUGUGGAAAAAUGCUGAAGACGACGCGACCGUGCUUGAAUUUUCUCGGACCUCGGCGCAACAAAUCCGCCAGAAGACCGAGGCGCUCGGGUUGUACAACAAAUUCAUCUAUCUAGGUGACUCGGCUCAGGGCCAAUCGCCUUUCGAAAGCUAUGCGAACGGGAAGAACUUGCAGAAGCUCAAUGCGAUCCGUAGUAGAUACGACCCUGAUAGCUUCUUGGAGAAUUAUCUCCAUAGAGGGUUCCAACUGGCCUAAGGGAUUCAGGUCUUGGGUAAAUGUACCUAGGAGGAAAGGCAGGGACAUGUGCAAAGUGUCAAUGGG